CAUAUCAACUAGCGACGAGGAUGCUUCAACCCCGUAGGCAAAUGCGGCGAACGAACCGGACGGCAGAGUAGUAGGCACAUUUUGGCGUCUGAAAAGGCCUUCCUAUGAAGUACGUGCUCUGGGAGUGCAACAUCGGAGCUUGCAACGUGCGACAGACUGCAGCGAGACACGAGCAAUGCCCCUGCACAUGCGUCAACAAAAGCCGACAUGAAUGCCGCAAGCGGAACUUCAUGCUGAAGGGCUACAGAGCGCAACCCGAGCGGAGAACGGAGAACGACAUCGAAGCUUCAGGCAACGGGUCCUGCGUACGCGGGGCAGACCGGCAAGGAGCAAAGUAGCACAACCAGUCUGCAACAACGACCACAACGGGAACAGCACAGAGGUGACGCUGCGGUUCCUACUCACGGACAGAAAUGUCGCGCUUAGCAGCGCCCAUGGAAGCAACAAGGAGCCAAACAUGGUUCCCGGUCGAAGCGUGAUCGUGCACCUGUUCGAGUGGAGAUUCGACGACAUUGCCGAAGAGUGCGAAUCCUUCCUUGGCCCGCGUGGCUAUGGCGGUGUUCAGACAUCGCCAGUGAAUGAACAUGGCAUCGUCUUCGGAGAGACGGUGAAACGACCAUGGUACGAGCGGUACCAGCCGGUGAGUUACAAAAUUGGCAACCGGAGUGGCAACGAGACGCAGUUUCGUGACAUGGUUCGCCGCUGCAACGGGGCCGGCGUCAGAGUGUACGUGGACAUCGUGGUCAAUCACAUGACUGGCCGCCGGCAGAUAAAGAAGGGCACAGCAGGGAGCGCCUUCAGUUACGAUGAAUUCAGCUACCCUGCCGUACCAUACGGUUCAGAUGACUUUCACAGGAAAGAAGAUUGUGGGAGCGAAUCAGGCGCCAUCGAAAACUACAGAGACGUGCAGCAGGUGCGCAACUGCGAACUCGUCUGGCUCCGUGACUUGAACCAGGGUAGAGAGAACGUUCGGGCCAAGGUUGCUGAGUUCUUGAAUCGACUCAUCGGGUUUGGCGUGGCUGGAUUCCGCAUCGACGCCGCCAAACACAUGUGGCCUGCUGACCUCCAAGCCAUCUAUACUUCGCUUAAUGACCUCAAUACACAGUUCUUUGCCCCGGGAACCAAGCCCUUUAUCUACCAGGAGGUGAUCGACUUGGGUAACGGCGAGCCAGUCACCGGUUGGGAGUACCACCACCUGGGCAGAGUGACCGAGUUCAUUUACGGCAUUAAGCUCGGAGCCGUGCUUAGGAAACGACCGUAUCAGCUGCUCAGGUACCUCAGGAACUUUGGCGAGGACUGGGGCUUCCUUCCGAGUGAAGACGCGCUGACUUUCGUGGACAACCAUGACAACCAGAGGGGCCACGGGGGUCGCGGCGCGGACAUCCUGACGUUCUUCGAGCCCCGCCUUUACAAGAUGGCCAACGUUUUCUUACUCGCGUGGCCUUACGGAUUGCCUCGCGUUAUGAGCAGCUACCGCUGGCCCCGGGAUUUGCGGGAUGGCGAGGACCGAAACGCCUGGUUCGGACCGCCAUCGGAUGCCGCGUGGAACAUCGAACCCGUCAUUCGGCACAGCGAUGACACCUGCGGAGGCGGUUGGAUAUGCGAGCACAGGUGGACACAGAUCUACAACCUUGUCGAGCUGCACAAUGUGGCGGGGUUCUCGCCUGUCACCAACUGGUGGGACAACGGUUACCAUGCAAUCGCAUUCGGCCGUGGAAAGGCGACGUUCGUCGUCAUCAACAACGAGGAUUUCCGGCUAGACGCAGUUCUUCAGACGUCUUUACCACCGGGAACAUACUGCGACGUCAUCUCUGGCGUGAAGACUUCAGUCGCUUGUACUGGAAGGUCAUUCGUCGUAGAGCCCGAUGGCAGAGUUGCUGUUACCGUGGACAACUUAUGGGAGGAUCCUGUGAUCGCACUACACAUUGAGGUGAGACUGUAUUGGAAUCGAGGCGCCUACGCGGUCUUUGUGGUGGACGCCAAUCGCUCACUCGUCAACGCAGCCACGGUAGUUGCCAACUUCACUCACGAAGCAGAAGAAAUGGCCAUCGCGGUGGCCCUUCGAAGCUGCAAAGGAGUGUCAAUCAUUUACCCGGACUCAAGAACAGCUAUUAAAACCAUCUCGUCGGCCCUCGUCUCUAGGAAAGCAGCUAUGGUUAUCAACACCAUCUUCUUCCAAGAAACGGGAGGAGACAACCUCAUGUUCCCACACAUCACAUGGUUCCCGGCCCACAUGGGCAACAUUUCCGGACCUCCUGACUUUAAUCCGAACGAGCGGGCACACCAACUGGCGCGAGAGCUCACAUUCCGCGUCUGCGGUCCGCCCUCGCGCUUCAACCCAGCCUGGAGGGACCUAGACAACAAAGACACACUCCUACCUAUCGCCGCUGCGAGAGUCUCAAAGCCAGGCGACCGACUCUCGCGCCUGCAGAAAACAGUCGACCGGCUUACCAGUGCUCUGGAAAAGCUCACGACGGGUGGCAACAUUGGCGACCCGCUUAGGCGCAGCAGUUCGCCUCCCCAGUCACACAGCGCACUUAGAGACUCGACGCAGCAGUAG